ACAGAAGAUGAAGGCGGAGUAAGCAGCGUUGGCCCCCGUCUCAAUAAGCAACUUCACUCGCGUCUUGUUCUUCAUAUUCUACUGUGCAUUUAUCUUGAAGCGAUGCUCGUGAUACAUCUUUUUGUAUCUGAAGUCAACUCUGAAUCUUUCUAGAAAAUGAGUUCAAGAAGAGGGACAAGUACUAGAAGUAACACAAACUCUAGGGGGAAAUCUGUAUCUGAUGCAUCUAGUCCCAAUAUUGAGCAGUUCACUCAUGAUGUAGCAGAUAUCAACCAGGAUUCUGAGCAAGCUGAUGGUCAAUGGCCAGUUUACUCCAAGAAUGCCAAGAACAAAGCUGGAAGCAGUUCUUCAAAACCCUGGAACUCUCAGAAUUAUAACCCUAAAGCAUGGAGCCAUCCAGAUGUUCAGAAGUUAGGCAUGCGAAGUAAUGCAGGAACAGGACGGGCCUCUGGUAGUUCCCGGCAAACACAAACUGCUGAUUCGAGGAUGUACACUGGUAGAGGAAAUCUGAGGCCACAACAAUCCAGCAGGGCUUUUGGGAACAAUUAUGCGCCCCCUCAAGCUGCUAUUCCCCCUCCUCUAGAGCACGGAUGGAAUUGGCAAGCUAGAGCUCGCACAGUCCCAUCCGAAAAAACCCAUGGACAAGAAUUUGAUUAUACCGAGGUCUGCAACAAGAAUGAGGAAGAUUAUGCUGAUGAGUAUGAUGAUGAAUCUGAAGGCAUGGAUGAUAGUGAUGAUGAGUUGCUAAGUGAUGGAUUUGAUUCAGACGCAAGUCGAAAAAGCCAUGAAACACGCAAGAAGAGCAAAUGGUUUAGGAAGUUCUUUGAAAGCUUGGAUGGUUUAAGUGCGGAGGAGAUAAAUGAACCAGAGAGGCAGUGGCACUGUCCCGCAUGCCAGGGUGGUCCAGGUGCCAUUGACUGGUACCGAGGUCUGCGGCCCCUGAUGACACAUGCGAAAACAAAAGGCUCAAAAAGGGUGAAGGUUCACAGAGAACUUGCAGAGCUCUUGGAAGAGGAAUUGCGCAGGAGGCAAACAUCAGUAAUUCCAGCUGGUGAAGUAUUUGGCAAAUGGAAAGGUCUACUUGAUGAGGAGAGAGAUCAUUUGAUAGUUUGGCCACCGAUGGUUGUCAUUAUGAAUACAAAGCUUGAACAAGACGAGAAUGAUGAGUGGCUUGGCAUGGGCAGUCAAGAACUUCUUAACUACUUCAAUUCAUAUGAAGCUGUGAAGGCCAGCCACUCUUAUGGUCCACAGGGGCAUCGUGGGAUGAGUCUUCUGAUUUUUGAGAGCUCUGCUAGGGGUUAUUUAGAGGCUGAGCGUCUGCACAAGCAUUUUGUGGAACAAGGUACAGACAGGAAUGCUUGGGAUAGUAAUCGUCGAGCUCUAUUUUAUCCCGGUGGAAAAUGGCAGCUUUAUGGUUACCUGGCUGUGAAGGAAGAUCUUGAGUACUUCAACUGGCAUUCUCAAGGCAAGUCUAGGUUGAAGUAUGAAAUCAAGUCUUACCAAGAAAUGGUUGUGAAGCAAAUAAAACAAAUGAGUGAGGAUAAUCAGCAGCUUGUCUGGUUGAGAAAUAGGGUUGCUCAAGAACAGAGACAUUCAAAAGCUCUUGAAGAAUCUUUUGGGAUAGUUAGUGAAAAACUGCGAAAGACUAUGGAAGAGAACCGCAUUGUUAGACAGAGGACCAAAAUUCAGCAUCAGCAGAACAAGGAAGAGAUGGAUUACCAAGAGGAAUUCUUCAAAGAACAAAUCAGAGUUAUUCAUGAAGCAAGGGAUGCAAAAGAGGAGGAUUUUGAGAAGAUGCAGCAAGAGGAACGUGAAAAGGUCAAAAAGUUGAAUGUAAAUCCUUCCAAUUCAGAGGAAUACAGCUGCAGGGGGGAGGAGAUUAAGACUUUCAUAGAAGGACAAGACAAGGAGAUUGAAAAUUUUGUGGCUGAGAGAGAGAAUUUAAUAAAAGUACACAAGGAUAAGAUGGUUGCUAUGAAGAAGAGGCAUUGGGAGGAAGAAGUUCGGCUGGAGAAGAAGUUUGAUGCUGAACUCUCUCAACUUAUGGCGAGGUAUACCCCAAAUCACUAGGAGGACAUCAUCAAUGCUUGAUGGUAGCACUAGCAGGGCUUGGUGAACCCUCAGUUUGAUACAGACAGCAUAUAAUACCAAAAUGAGAUGCUUAAAAAUUUGACCAUAUAUUUGGAAAAACUUGACAUAUUUUAAACCCUCUUACCGAUCAUAAAGUUAGAGUGAUGCAAUCUAGAGGUUACAAGCUCGAAUCUUGGAAACAAACUCUCCACGUAUUAUGUGAGAGUAAGGAGGUAAGGUCUGUAUACACCUUGUCUAUCCCCGAUCCCGCCUACUGAGGAAGCAGAAGUUGCUUAUGGUAUUGUUAUACAUGUGGAAUUGCUAUUUACAUGAAUUUAGCAGAAGAGUUUUUUUUA